AAGAGAAGCAUAGAAUACUGAAAUAUGGAGAAGAAGAAUAGGAUUCUUGUAUUUGGGGGAACUGGUUACAUAGGCAAGAACAUUGUGAAGGCAAGUGUCUCUUUGGGUCAUCCAACUUUGGUGUACACUCGUCCUCUUAAUUCACAAACUUGUCCAUCUAAGACACAACUUUGCAAUGACUUCAACUCCAUGGGAGUCACUCUUGUCCAGGGAGAACUUCAGCAUGACCAGAUUUUGAAAGUCAUUAAACAGGUAGACAUUGUUAUAUGUGCAUUGGCAUACCCUCAAGUGAUGGAGCAACUCAAAAUUAUAGAUGCUAUCAAAGUUGCUGGAAACAUAAAGAGAUUCAUUCCAUCAGGAUUUGGUGCAGAAGAAGAAAGAAUAAACCCUCUUCCUCCAUUCCAAGCUUUCCUCGAUAAGAAAAUAAACAUUAGAAGGGAAAUUGAAGCAGCUGGGAUCCCUUACACUUCUGUCUCUGCAAAUUGCUGUGCUGCAUACUUUGUCAAUUAUUUACUUCGCCCAUAUGAAAAAAGGAACCAAAUUGUUGUCUAUGGCAACGGUGAAGCCAAAGCUGUACUAAAUUAUGAAGAAGACGUUGGUAUGUAUACUGUUAAAGCGGCAAAUGAUCCAAGAACAUGCAAUCGUGUGGUUAUUUAUAGGCCUCCCAAGAAUAUUAUAUCGCAAAAUGAGUUGAUAUCACUGUGGGAGCAAAAAUGUGGUUACACUUUCGGGAAGGCUUUUGUUUCAGAAGAAGAAAUUGUCAAGCGCUCACAGACCUUACCCCCUCCAGACAAUAUUCCAGUUUCCAUUCUGCAUAGUGUAUUUGUUAGAGGAGACUUCACGGGCUUCGAAAUAGGGGAAGAAGACCUUGAAGCUUCACAACUAUAUCCUGAUUAUAAUUACACAUCAAUUCGUCAACUUCUCGAUAUAUUUCUUGUUGACCCUCCAGCCCCUGCAUCUGCUGCUUUUGGAUGAUAUUUGUGUAUAUAUUAUAUAUAUAGAAUGAGGAAUAAUUAA